AAAAGAAAACUACAAAUAAAAAAAUUGGGUAACCCUGAUAGCUUGAGAAGAAAGAUGAAAAACAAGAGCCACUUAAAAAAUCAAGCAAAGGAUAAUAUCACAGAUGAAGGCGAUGAGCUAUUUAAGAUGGGCAUCAAGAUUCUCCAGCAGUCUAAAAGCCAAAAACAAAAAGCAGAAGCCUACAAACUCUUUGCAAAAGCAGCUGACAUGGGAAACUUGAAAGCUAUGGAGAAAAUGGCUGAUGCUUUGCUGUUUGGAAAUUUUGGCAUGCAAAACAUAACUGCAGCUAUCCAAUUAUAUGAGUCCUUGGCUAAAGAAGGAUCUUACAAAGCCCAAAAUGCAUUAGGAUUUUUGUCUUCUUAUGGAAUAGGAAUGGAAUAUGAUCAAGCCAAGGCACUCAUCUAUUAUACCUUUGGAAGUGCUGGUGGAAGCAUGAUGUCUCAGAUGAUUUUGGGGUACAGAUAUUUGUCAGGAAUCAAUGUUCUGCAGAAUUGUGAAGUUGCCCUAAGUCAUUACAAGAAAGUGGCAGAUUAUAUUGCUGACAAAUUGGAAAAAAAUGAAGGUAUUCCAGUGGAAAAAGUGAGACUAACUGAGAGACCCGAAAAUUUGAGUUCCAAUAGUGAAAUUUUGGAUUGGGACAUAUACCAAUACUAUAAACUUUUGGCAGAAAGAGGAGAUGUUCAGAUACAAGUAUCUCUUGGACAAUUACAUCUAAUUGGGAGGAAAGGUCUAGAUCAGGACUACUACAAAGCAUUAUACUAUUUCUUAAAGGCAGCAAAGGCUGGGAGUGCAAAUGCCAUGGCAUUCAUCGGAAAGAUGUAUUUAGAGGGGAAUGCUGCUGCACCACAAAAUAAUGCUACUGCCUUCAAGUACUUUGCUAUGGCAGCCAGUAAGGGCAAUGCAAUUGGUCUUCAUGGACUUGGUCUUCUCUAUUUUUAUGGAAAAGGGGUUCCUGUGAAUUAUGCUGAAGCACUUAAGUACUUUCAGAAAGCUGCAGAGAAAGGAUGGCCCAAUGCACAGUUCCAAUUAGGCUUCAUGUACUACUCUGGCUCUGGAGUCUGGAAGGAUUAUAAACUCGCCUUCAAAUAUUUUUACCUGGCAUCUCAGAGUGGGCAGCCCCUCGCCAUUUAUUAUCUGGCGGAGAUGUAUGCAACAGGAACAGGAGUGUUAAGAUCAUGCAGAACUGCUGUGGAGCUUUAUAAAGGUGUCUGUGAACUAGGCCACUGGGCUGAGACAUUCCUGACAGCUUACUUUGCCUAUAAGGAUGGUGAUAUAGAUUCUUCUCUUGUUCAGUAUGCACUGCUUGCAGAAAUGGGGUAUGAAGUAGCUCAAAGCAAUUCAGCAUUCAUUUUGGAAUCUAAAAAGGCUAAAAUUCUUGAAAAAGAGAAGAUGUAUCCAAUGGCACUUCUCCUGUGGAAUCGAGCUGCCAUUCAAGGUAAUGCAUUUGCUAGAGUAAAACUUGGAGAUUACCAUUACUAUGGCUAUGGGACCAAGAAAGACUAUCAAACAGCAGCCACACAUUACAGCAUUGCAGCUGACAAGUACCACAGUGCACAAGCCAUGUUCAAUCUGGCCUAUAUGUAUGAACAUGGCUUGGGUAUUACAAAGGACAUUCACUUGGCCAGGAGAUUAUAUGACAUGGCUGCUGAAACAAGUCCAGAUGCUCACAUUCCUGUGUUCUUUGCCCUCAUGAAACUGGAAACGAUGCAUUUCCUCCGAGACAUCCUGUUUUUUAACUUCACAAUGAAAUGGAAAUGGAUGAAACUGGACAACACCCUCGGACCAUACUGGGAUUUUUUUGUGAUUGACCUAAUUAUUGUCAUGCUCAUCUUCUUGCUUAGAAAUCACCACCAGUAG